UUUAUCGGCCGCCGAUAACGAUUAGAACGGAUCGGCGCGAUGAUAACGCGGUGGACGCGAUACUUCGCCGUUUGUUGCGCGUGUUGCGUGCUGACGCUGCCGUGCUGGCUCUAUUAUCUGACAAAGGAGGACUCGAGAGCGCACCCGGAUCCGGAAGACACGAAAAUCGUCUUGCUGUGGACCCCCUUCUUCGGAAAGGUAAACUAUUUGAACUUCUCCGCCGAGUACCCCUGCCGGGAGACGCGCUGUCUCUUCACAUCCGACCGAUCGCUGCUCAACCGCAGCCACGCGCUGGUCUUUCACUCGGCCGACAUCACCGACUUUCCGGUCCGGCCCCGACCCGAGCAAGUGUGGGUGUGGCACACCUUGGAAGCGCCUCCCAACACCGGCAGCCUUCGGGAUUUCGAUGGACUCUUCAAUUGGACCGCCACCUACCGACUGGACUCCGACGUGCCCGCGCCGUACGGAUGGUUCCGGCGCCUGAGGCCCGACGAGCCCGCUCCGUCUCUCCGCGACUACUGGCGGGGGAAGUCGGCUCCGGCCGUGUGGUUCGUCAGCAACUGCCUCACGUACUCCAACCGGGAAGGCUACGUCCGGGAACUGAGACGCAGCCUGCCCGUGGACGUGGUGGGCUUCUGCGGCAACCUUUCCUGCUCUCCCAAGAUGGCCGACGCCUGCUACCGAGAGGCCUCUCGCACCUACUUCUUCUACCUGGCCUUCGAGAACGCCCACUGCAAGGACUACGUCACCGAAAAGUUCUUCCACGCCCUUCGCUACGACAUGGUUCCGGUGGUCUUCGGGGGCGCGAACUACUCCGCCUUCCUUCCUCCCGGGGCCUACGUCGACGCCUCCCUCUUUCCCCGUCCCGACACCUUAGCGCUCUUCCUCCGCAAGGUGGCGGCCAACCGCACCCUCUACAACUCCUACUUCCUGUGGAGGAGGAACUACACUUCCGGAGGCUACCACUGGUCUUGCGAGCUGUGUCGCAAGUUGCACUCGGACCCGCCUACCGCCGCCUCCGUCUAUUCUCGCCUGGAAGACUGGUGGAUCGAGGGAGGCCGAUGCCGCAAGUGGCGCGACGGCGUUCUGACGUCGCCGUAGCGCGGAGUUUCGUUCGUCUCGCCUCCGCGAAAAUAUCAAUUUAAGAAUAUUAAAAACUUAUUUGUCACGCGUGGCGC